UAAAAAUCAGCACCCGAGUGUAGUUGGGGUGGUACGAAACGAAAAAAAAGGUGCCUACUGUCCCCCACUGCAACACCUGCACGGGCGAUGCAUCGAUCGCUGCUGUGCGUGUGCGUGGCGAUCGGGCUGACAGUGGUGGUGGUGGUGUCUGCCAAACGCCUCCCAGGGGCGAGUCCGAUCGAUGCGCUACGUGCCCGUUAUCUGAUACAGGAAAGGCGUGCCUGGACGAUCGUAAAUCACAUCGACGCCAUAGACAACCAGCUAGAACAGGACGCCUCCCAUCAGCGGGCGAAUGUGCUGAGCGAGCUGGUCAACAUCUAUCUGCGGUUUGCGGAGACAGAGCUACCAGAGGAAGACCGAGGCGACUAUCGGUUGCUUGCUCGCCUACCCGAAUGGUUGCUGCUGGAGCAGAACCUGCAGGACGUGAACAACCUGUACAAGGUGGUGUACAGGUUCUUGCGUGACAAGGCACACCACUUCACCGAGCUGGCACAACGCUGGUCUGAAGAUGGCGAACAUGACCCGCCGGUGUCUGGUGGGUUGAGUGAUAGCGAUGAAGAAGACCUGCGGUUAUACAGCAUCGAUCUCGCGAAAACGAUCCUCUUCGAUAAGCGGCAACCGAUCGAGCGGCAGCUCGAGCAGAUCUACAACAUUAUGGUUGGGCAGGCGCUCUACUACCGCGCCAGCAUGGCGGCACGUAGCGUCAUUUGCAGCUUCGGAUUGUCUCCACAGCAAAUGAUCUACCUUCUCUACGAGUCGAUUGCCAUGACCGAGCUAAAAGGCUACAUUAUGAUGCAGUUCUCCUACAUGCUACUCAAAACCCAAGGCAAAGGUAACUUCACCGUCGAGUCAGCAGAACGCCGGGAGCAGUUACAGGCACGUCUCAACCGCACCCAACAACUGCUGCAGAGUGUGCUGCGGCAGGCUAGUGGCGAGUACUGGCGAUGCGAUCCGGAUCGAGGUGGUCACCGAGAGAACACGACCUACGUGCAGUUCACGCGCUUGCUGCAGGGAUACAUCGAGAACGAGGUGGACAUGAGCGCGGACAGUACGUGCCGUGAAACAUGCGCACAUUACCAGUACGGGCAUGAGCAACACCAAUGCUACAAGGAGCUGUACUGUUCGCAGCAAACCAAGUGCGCUGGGCGCAUCUAUGAGUGCGAGUACAUCGAUUCGGACAUGUGGAUCUGUCCGGCGGCAGCUCAGAGCCAGCGACGGUACGAGUACAUCGAGUACGAAAAUGGUGAGGUGCGUGGUCGCAAACAACACUGUCCUCGUGGUACAACUAAGGUUGAUUCCUGGUGGCGCUGGCUGUUCUGGCACUGCAGCUACUGCUUCUGUCUGUGCGAUGAUGCUGGCCGUCGCUCGGAUCGCUAUGUUAGUCUUGCUGAGUCCGUUUCGGACAUUGAAAAUAAUCGCGUUGUGACGGGACUACGCUUCGUGAAGGUGAAGCAAAUGAUGCACCUAAUCGUGCAGGAAGGAGAGCUGUUGCCUGGCGGUGACAUUGCCAAUGGUACGCUGUCCUGGGUCACACCGAAACCCUUCAAGCACACGGACAAGCACAUGCGUGAUGGAAUCGAAUACCACAUGCUGUCGUACGAGCGGCGUGCCAUCGAUCUCGAUGAUCUACACGUUCAUCCUGGUUACGUACUGACGGGCGUUCGAUUCCGAUCCCUUGGCACACACGUGAACCUGCAAAUUCGCAUGACUGAGAUGAACUUCACCACCGGCAAGCUGAUCGAUCCAGAGAAGAGCAUCUGGUUUGGUGACGAGACGGCUAACAGGACGGAGAUCACGCUGCGGUACUUGGACGUUCCGACACUGUCACCGUCGAAAUCGGUGCCGGUAUCCACCAGCGGCCAAUAUCUUCGCUUUGGACCAUCGGGAGGUCGAGCCGAUGCCGCGCAAACUACCAUCCCGUUCCUGGACGCCCAACCGGUGUCCCCAGUGCGUCCUGUGCCGCUUUCUGGUGCCGGAUUGCUGUAUAAGACACUGCCCAAUUACGGUGGCUUCAUCGCACCCAAGCUGUUCACGUACGAUGUCGGUCAGCACAUCACGCAACCCUCCUACGAUGGGCUUGAGGCUGAGCUUGAGGCUCGCGGUGUUAACACCGGAUAAAUCCUCCUCGCAAGGCAGUGUGAGAAGGUGAAACACGCGCUAAAACGGCACCCCCACUUUUCCUAUAGGUGUCAUUCUUGUAGUACUUUUGUCCACAUCGAGUAGUUGCAAAGCUUGCUAAACCCUACAGUAAGCGAAGGUUCUCCUAGGGGCAUCUUUACAAUAGCGCAUCGAAACGAGGGCUUUUUGAAUAUCACUUAUUGUCGAGCCAUGACCUUUCGCUCCAUUUUUUUGUUGGAGUAGUAGCAACCAACUGUAUGUAAUCAUUGAUAAAUAAAUCAAAUCCAUAAUAGCCGCCUCACGGCGUCUGC